AUUAUUCAAACUGACGGGAAUUAAACCUGCUGGCAGCAUCCGUCCUGUCUCCUCUGCUGAAGCCUGACCUUUGACCCCUCCAUCUCUGUGUUUACCUUCCUCCUGUUUGUAUUGCUGCAGCGGCGCAGCGCGCCGGCGGCUCCCGCGUCGCGCGCACGCCCAUGCCCAUGCUCGCACACACCUGCCUCAGUAUCACAGAGUGGCUCGUGCGCCAACACUUUCCAGUGGCUGCUGUUGAAAAAGGAGAAUAUUUGUGUAGCUUGUUGUGGUUUAUUUUGGGGCUGAAGUGAAAUAGUUGUGUUCGUGUUGUCGACGCGCAGCGGCACAGACGCAGAGGAAAACUUGACAUUAUCCCGAGUGAGACGUAAGAGACGCGCACCUGACGGGAAAUCUCCGAGAACAUCCACAUCAGAAAGCCCCACCUUUACCAGACAUGGCUCAGCACUCAGCGAGGGAGAUUAUGCUGGAGUUAAAGAUUCCUUACAGACCUCUGGGACCUUAACAGAUCCUCGUUGCCUGUAUCUGUGGCAGAAUUUUCAAUCAGAGGAGCUGGACUCUCUGAAUUUUAGACUGUCAUACUUUUAAUUUAUUUAACCUGACACACAGACAGAUUGGAGUCCGGUUUGCCAGGCAGAUAUUAACAACUCCUGACAAGGAGAAGGGAAAGUUGUGUGUUUAUCAUUUAGACAAAUUGAUAGGCAGCCAGAGAAAGCAGCGUGGCAGGUUGAUAGACUGUGAAAUUACUUGCACAUGCUCAGAUCACCAUGCCAGAGAAGUCCCAAGGUUCCCCGGACAAGCCUGGAGAAGAAGCGCCGCAGGUGCCAGACAUUGUUGUCAUUUCCAGUGAUGGGAAGGACAGAGGUAAUAUCCUGGAGCUUGAUGACUUCAGUCAUACAGCAGACAUCCAAAAUCAUGCUGCACACAGCAGUGACAUUAGCACAUUCCUCGGUAAUGGCAGCACACCAAACCUCUGUGAGACCCAGUCAGGACUCAGUGUCUCUCAGGUUUCUGUGGAGGUGGGUGUGGUGAAAACGGGAUACGCCCCUGAACCUUUCAAGACCAGUUCUUUGUUGAAGGGGUCAGAAGCCCAUGACACCCCAGCUGAUCCAUCUGCCAAUAAGCUUGAAAGUGACAACAACACUUCAAUGCUAAACAACAGCUGCUCCGACUCAGACUACAGCAGCAGAAAAUCCAGCCCGGGUUAUGCCUCCACUAGCUUCAGCACUGAUAUCUGUGAUGGAGAGUUAAUGGAGCUUGAUGGAAAGUCAUUUGAAAAGACAAAUCCCAUCUCUCUUGUCAACCUGUCUGAGUCCUGUUUGGACCCUUCUAAAGCAGACAAAACCACCAAAAGCAUGAUGGGUGAUGAGCGGGACAAUUCCAACACAGACCUGACUGUAAAAUCAGACACGGAAAACUCCCUCCGCGACAGCUCUCCCGUACCUGACGUUUCAUUCCAAAUCAACCGAAGCAGAGACAGCAUCGAUGUCAGGCUGGACAAUGAGGACGAAGACGAUGAUGGGAGAAGCACCUGGUCUGGCCGGAGUGUGAAAGAGGGGUUGUGUUGCUGCUACAGGACCUUCCACAGGGCUUUUCUACGGUGUGUUGAAGAAACUCCGACCAUGCUGUCUGGACUGGUGCUGUCCUUGGUGUUCUGCGUGGUCAUCAUCAUUCUCAUUCCCACCACAGGAAGGUUCUCUCCACAGAACCUUAAUGACCAUGUUGGCGCUCUUGCGGUGGUUUGCGUGGUUCUGUGCCUCAACGCGAUUCUACUUGCCUACUUGCCCUGGCUGGCCACAGUGAGGCGCUGUGGGGGAGCGCUGGCCCUCUUUGUCUGGGGUACUUUGUACAUCGUUGCUAUAGUCUUCUUCUUCACAGGUGGACCAGUGGCUGCAUGGGAACAGGUAGCGUUCUUCCUCUUCCUCUCUCUGAGUGUGUACACUGUGCUGCCCCUCUCUUUGGCCUGGGCCCUCAUGGUUGGGGUAGGAACUAGUGUUUCGCACAUCAUCAUCAUUAGUGUAUACCUCCCUGUCACCAGCCCAGAGACACCAGGUCUGACUGUUCAGCUGGUGGCGAAUGCCGUGCUCUUUGUGUGCGUGAACUGCAUCGGGACUUUUCACAAGUGGAUGACCGAGCACAAUCUCAGGAUAUCCAAUCAGAAGAGAGAAGAGUUCAGCGCCAUACGUUCCCAGAAGGAAAUAAGAAAAUAUCAGCAGGAGCAACUCCUCCUGUCGGUGUUGCCACGCUACAUUGCCGUGGAGCUGAAAACGGAGGUGAUAAAGAGGCUAUCCAAGCCCAAGAGUGAUAAGGAGAAUGAAUCCAACUUCCACAACUUUCACAGCCUUUACAUACGGCAGCACAAGGACGUCAGCAUCUUGUAUGCAGACAUUGUGGGCUUCACCAAGCUGGCGAGCACCUGUUCACCAGAGGAGCUGGUUGCUGUGCUCAACAAGCUCUUUGGCAGAUUUGAUAAUAUUGCCAAGAAGAAUGGAUGUCUUCGCAUUAAGAUCCUGGGUGACUGCUACUAUUGUGUGUCUGGGCUGCCUGACCCCAUUCCCACCCACGCAAAGAACUGUGUUCAGAUGGGGCUGGACAUGUGCACUGCCAUCAGCAAACUGCGAGAGGCGACCGGGGUUGACAUCAGCAUGCGCGUGGGCGUUCACACUGGCAACGUGCUCUGCGGUGUGAUUGGCCUACAGAAGUGGCAGUAUGACGUGUGGUCACAUGAUGUCACUUUAGCCAAUCACAUGGAGUCUGGGGGUCUUCCUGAGCGAGUCCACAUCACAGAGGAGACGCUCCAACACUUGAAUGGAGUGUACCAGGUGGAGGAGGGGGAUGGAGGCAGUCGGGAUCCUCUUCUUAAUGGAAGAAAAACAUAUUUCGUUAUUGACCCCCACAAGUCAGACAGUAUUUCCCGGAGACUCAAAGAGGCAAGCAGUCUGGAGCCAGCAGAGAGCAGGCAGCGGGCAUCUGUCCGGAUGUCUCAGUACCUCCAGUCCUGGCAAACCAUCAACCCCUUUGCAGACCUUAGCAACCCCGGGGCCAAGCACUCCAAAAAGCCCAUCAUCCCCAUCAAAGCUGUCAUGAGGCGAGCUCGUCUGACUGCAGAAAGACCACCCAGUCACGACAAUCUCAGAUCCUUGUCUGUUGAUAACAGUGUGAGGGCAUCACUGGACACACUGGGCACGGCCUCGAGAAAAGGAAAGAGACUCAACUGCUUGACUCUGCUGUUUAAUGACCUCAGCUUAGAGAGACAGUUCCGCCUAUCAGAAGUGAAGGGUUUGCACCACUCAAUGAGCUGCUUAGCUGUAAUCUUUCUUACUCUAUUCACCGUCCAGAUGCUUGUCUCAGAAAGGAACUUUGAGAUGGCAGUGUCCUACGGUGUGACCUUCCCGGUGAUGGUGCUGCUUUUGUUCGUUGCCUUUACGGGCUACUUAAAGAGAUGGAGGUCUAAGAUGCCGCUGAACGUCCAGUGGAUAUCAGGGAUUUCGCAUGGCGUCUCCACGGUUGCAGCAUUACGGCUCUUUGUAGUUGUUCUCUGUGUGCUCAUCACCCUGCUGAUGGCCAUCCUCAACUUUAUUUUCCUAAGAGGGGCAGGAAUAAACAACACCUCCAUCUAUAACUGCACAACAGUGGAGGGUCUCACAUUUUACACUGUGCCUUAUUACCUGUACUGCUGCCUGCUGGCCAUGCUGGGAGUGAUCGUUUUCAUCAGGAUAUGUUUGUCUGUGAAGAUCCUGCUCCUCACCCUGGCUGUAGUGGUUUACUUGGCCCUCUUCCUCUAUGUUUACGCUUCCAGAUCCCAUUGCCUUGUUACCCUAAUUUACGCUGACAAAAAGCUCGGUGUGCUGAAGGACCCUCAAAUUAUGUCUGGCAUUUGGCUGGUCAUCUUUUACAUUGUAUGCCUCAUACUGGCCAGACAGGAUGAGUUGAGCUGCCGUGUAGAUUUCCUUUUACAGCGAUGCUUCCAGACAGAAAGAGAGGAAAUGGAAACCAUGGAGAACGUUAACAAACUCCUGCUGCAGAAUGUCCUGCCGCUUCAUGUGGCCUCUUUCUUCAUGGGCAAGGCUGUUCGCAAUCAAGACCUGUACAGUCAGUCGUAUGAAUGCGUCUGUGUGAUGUUUGCAUCAGUGCCUCAGUUCAAAGAGUUUUAUAGCGAGAGCAGCGCCAACAGGGACGGCCUGGAGUGUUUGCGCUUCCUCAAUGAAAUCAUUGCCGACUUCGAUGAGCUCCUGUCUAAGCCCAAAUUCUCUUCAGUAGAGAAGAUUAAGACAAUUGGCAGCACUUACAUGGCUGCUGCUGGGCUGACACACUCACCUCCAGGAGAUGAAAGAAAGAAAUGUGACUUGUCCUACAGCCAUGUGCGCUCCAUGGUGGAGUUUGCCAUCGCUUUGAUGGGCAAACUGGAGCUCAUCAACACACACUCAUUUAACAGCUUCAAACUCAGGAUCGGAAUAAAUCACGGCCCAGUAAUUGCAGGAGUCAUCGGAGCCCAUAAACCUCAGUACGACAUCUGGGGGAACUCCGUUAAUGUGGCCAGCAGGAUGGACAGCACAGGGGUGCUGGACAAGAUACAGGUGACGGAGGAGACAGCCCAGAUGAUCCAGACCGUUGGUUAUGGCAUCACACUCAGGGGCGUCGUCAACGUGAAGGGCAAAGGGGAGCUCACCACCUACUUUGUUAAUACGGAUCAAUCAUCUCCUCAGUUUUAAUCAGACUCUUACUGACUGAUAUCAAACAUGUACCAGUCAGUCUCUAAACUAAACCUACAUCACGUGACUCACUCUGGUUUUCCACAGAAAGAAACAGUCAGUGACGAGGACUAAAAGUUCAGAAACCUUUGUGUUCAACCAAGCUGCAGUUCAUCACAGACACCUACUUUGACUCAACACUAAAAUGGAUAUGCUGCAGCGCAAAUCAAUACUUGUUUAUCAUUCAUCUUCAAAGUGGCUGCCGUUGUCUUUUGGAUGAGACACUAAAUAAAAUCCUGACUGUGAGACUACAACUGGCCAGUAAAGCAUAGAGUUUUCUUCUGUUCAGUGGCCAUUGGCUUCAUUUAUUUGUACUGUAGAAUUCUGUCACCAUAAAAUCUAAAUAUGCUUUUUUGGUACUCUUACCAUGGCAGAAACACAUCUAAUUACAAAAAAUAAUAAUGUUUAUUCACUGGAAACUAUGAAGGUUGUUGUUUUUGAAGGAUGCUUUGGAAAGUGCUUCACAUCUUAGAUAUGAAACAUGACCUUCAAAGGGUCUUGAUCUAAAGUAGUUAUCUGAAAGAAAAGCAAUCACUUGGUUUCAUUUUUUCUUAAAGUGUCCAACUCCGGUACAGAAGGCCCAGUCUUUAAAUUAUUGGGGGGUGGAAAAAAAGAGUUUUUCACUCUAAACCUUUUGACUUCACAAAAUUUAAAUAACUUGGGUUUUAUUUCCCACCCUGCACUGGUCUUUAAAGUUUUUCACUAACUUUGCAUUUGUUGUAAGAUCUUGAUCAUUUUUUUACAUGUUUAGCCUUAACUGAUUCAGAUAAAACACCUUAGAAAUAUGCAUCCAAGAGGGCUGGAAGCCUAAAUGUUUUGGAUAAAGUUUUGCUCACUUUGGUGCCAGUGAGUCACUGUGACCAUGUUGACAUGAAAUAUAAAUGUAUUGUCUUUUAUGGCCUCUUUAAUACAUCUCUGUACAUGUGUGAUAAUCCCAUGAAAAGUGGAAGAUAAACUUUACACUUUCUGGGCCAUCUGCACUAUGGCCAGUUUUGGUAGUGCAGAGUAUUUUUCCUUCUCUUUAAUGUAUUUCUAUGAGGGAUGAUGAGAACUGUGAAAGGAAAAGUAUGUUAACAUUAGGAAAAUAUUUUUCUAUUCUAUUUAUAAACUAAUUAAAAAAUCCCA